AUGCCCCCUUCGCAACAGAUCAAGGAUUUUGUCAAGGAUUUGGGCAAGGUCUUUGCAGUUCGUUUUAGGCGCCCCAAAACGAAUGGACCCAGAUCGACAACCACCGGUCAUGAUGGCGAUGGCUCCAUCCAUGCACAGACCCUCAGCACCUUUUCCUUUCCUUCCCCACCAGUACACUCUGCGAACAGCAGAGAACCAGGUCUCGAACCCUCCACCAAUGUUCCAUUCGCUAGAUACUCUAGGAGUGUACCCCUUUCGCGCGAAGCUUCCGACAUGGCUCAGCUGGUGCUGCCCUUGAUACAGAAUGUCACAAGUGCAAUUCCACUUGUCGGCGCUCCGAUGCAAGCGGCUAUCGGUGGAUUAUUGACAGGCCUUCAAGCUAUAGAUAGACGAAGCCAAAAUCAGGAGGGCCUCAAUAGCCUGAUCUUACUACUUGAUCGACUGAGCCGCGAAUUGUGCAACACCUCGCCUUCCUCGGAUCCUGUUGAACAGUCCCGAAGAGAUUCCUUUGCCAGAAUGCUGCAAGACACCUCAGCCCGAGUGACAACGUUGCGUGAGCGCUGUCUUGCAUCCACACCCGUCACACAAGCUAUCGCUGGAUACUUUACUGAAAUUGACCGCUAUCUGGCGGUGUAUUUAGUAGUAUUCUAUCCUCCAGCGAAUGUUUACAUUCACUCACUACUCUGUUUGAGGGAGCAGGAGGAUCGUCAGAAAUUCCUGCUGACAAUCGAAAACCUGGUCGCCCGCGCACAGUCCUCUGGGGGACCGACUGCAACGCAAUUAAUUGGAACUGCUACACGUGGCUGUGUGACACUGAUAGACGCAACAGGUCACCAAUAUCCAAUACCGGUGGACUUCUGCACCUCAUUUGAGCAAUUCAAUGAUAUGCUCAAAGUUCUCUUUAAACGCAACUCGAUUGAAGCUCAAAUCCAGAGACAGUAUAUGCAGAGCGGACAGUACGAUUUGUGUAUUGACGAAGGCAUGCAAGUAACUCGACUUAAUUCCAACGAAUGGUCAACACUGGAAGCGGGCACGACAGUUAUUAUGAGGGCCAUCAUCCAACAGCAGACGACAUCAUCCUCUGGAGUUUCCUACAGAUGCUCUUGUGGUGGGGUGAAUUCCCUUGGCGUUGAGUCUAUCAUGUAUUCGCUUGAACGGCAGGCUGGUUCCUCGAUUGAUUGUCGAAAGUGCGGACGACGGUUUCAGAUUUCUCGCGUAUCUUCUCCUGAAAAGCGGAGUUCUAGUGCUCGUUCGUCUAACAUUGACUCUGAUCACAGAACUGACGCAGGGACGGAUCUUAUUCGCAACUUGCAUAUCCAGCAAACUGAUAUUUUAUCUCUUGACGGGGUGUUCCGGUGUCUGUGGGGGAACUGCAACCACAUAAUUUUUGGCCACCAAAUUGCUCGUCACCUCCAUAUUCCGAGAAAGGCAUCUCAGAAUUGGAGAUUUUUGCGACCCCUGCAACAGGGUAUUCUUGCACGCGCACCACAUCGACUUACACAAGAGAAUUUGUACGGGUCUGCAGCAGUAGAUGUAUUGCUUCGGUAUUUCGAAUCUUCGACCUAG